AUGUCUGGGACUAGCUUCGGAGAGGAAAGCGGGGUGACACCGACGGUACUUGUACAGAUGGGAUUCCCAGAUUCUCGAUACGCGAUGAAAAUAAGCGUCAACGGAGAACUCGGACUUUUCGUUAAUUGUAGUGGGUUGCGCGGCCAUAGAAAGAAAACGAACGGGAAUAGAAGGAGAGGAAAGAGGAAGAGGAAGAGGAAGAGGGAUGGAGGAUUAGGUAAGUUAACAGGUAGCUUGCUACAGUACAUGGCUCGUACUAUGUCUACAAAGACCCGAACAAAAUCCCAUUUCCCAUGCAGGGCUAUGGCGGAGAAGUAGCUCCCAGGGAAAGAGAGAAAAGGGUAUAA